CCGCCGCCGCCGGCCGGUCUGACCGGUCUCCGCUCGGCACGGUGCUGACUGCAGGCCUGGUGUCCCUGUGGUCCGCCGGGGAGCCCGUGUGGCGCCGCCUUUCUCGGGGGAAGGGUCUUGACCCGGUGUGCUGCAAACCUGUUUUUCCUCCCAGGCUGACAGACGUCCCCACCACCCUAGUGUAGGAAAGGAAAGCUCAAUGACACCCAGAAAGAAGUUAGAGGGUCUUGUAGCUGCUACAGUCACUCCAAUGACUCCUCAUGGACAAAUUAACCUUUCAGUGAUUCAUCAAUACGUAGAUUAUCUGGUAAGCGAGCAGAACGUGAAGAACGUUUUUGUGAAUGGCACAACAGGAGAAGGACUGUCCCUUAGCAUCCAGGAGAGGAAGCAGCUGGCAGAAGAAUGGAUAUGCCAAGGAAAAAACAAGUUGGAUCAUGUGAUCAUUCAUGUUGGAGCACUGAGUCUGCCAGAGUCCCAAGAGCUGGCAAGACAUGCAGCAGCCAUAGGUGCUAGUGGUAUUGCUGUAAUAGCCCCAUUCUUCUUCAAACCCACAAACAAAGACGAGCUGAUUGCUUUCUUACAGAAGGUUGCAUCUGAAGCCCCUGCGGUUCCAUUUUAUUACUAUCACAUUCCUCAUCUGACAGGUGUGAAGAUUCAUGUUGAAGAGUUGCUGGAUGGAAUAAAAAAGCAGAUCCCCACCUUCCAGGGCGUGAAGUUCAGUGACACGGACCUCUUGGACCUUGCUCAGUGUAUAAACAAGAAUGAGAGCGAACAGUUUGCAUUUCUUUAUGGGGUGGAUGAGCAACUGUUGAGUGCGCUGGCAGUAGGGGCAAAUGGAGCAGUUGGAAGUACAUUCAACUAUUUGGGACGAAAAACCAAUCUGAUGUUGCAAGCCUUUGCAAAGCCAGACCUUGCAUUAGCACAGAAGUAUCAGUUUCUCACUGCAGAAUUUCUCAACUUUGUCAUCAAACUAGGUUUUGGUGUUGCACAGACUAAAGCUGUAAUGACUUUUGUUUCUGGCAUUCCCAUGGGACCUCCACGGCUUCCACUUGUCAGUGCCUCUGAGGAGUUCAUCAUCAAGGCCAAAGCCAAACUGGAUAGCAUUGUGUGGCCUGAUGGUGACUGAUACUCAGUUCCAUGUCAAUCUGGAAAUGGAGGCUCCUUUUCUGCAAUUCGCUCUCACACAGCACACUGCCCAGGUGAUUGACUGUGAUUUCUUUCAGGGAAUUGGCAAUGUGCCUGAGCCCCAUUUGGUUAGGGCUAGCUUUGUUGGUGCACAUGUAGUUAGUUGCCUUUUUUACUCUGCUCCUGGAGAUCUGCACAUUCCAGGACUAGCUGGUAUCUUUUAAUAAAAAAAAGGCAGACUUUUCCCCAGUUAGAAGAUACUGACCCCUUUUGUCUAGAAAGGAGGGAGAUCUGUCUCCACUCUCCCUCCAGCUAGAUAAUGUUUUGUCUUCCCCCUUUGUGAGCCCUACACCUUCUGUUUAAGCAGUUGUAUGACACCAUCUGGUUGCUCAGGGCAGUAUCUUGCUGUUUGUCAGAAUCACUGGGACACUGACUGUGCAUCUAAAAUUCUGAUUUUGUCUUUUCUCAUUGUG